AUGCCGCUUUCAGACGCAUCCAUCGGCAACCUCGAGAGGUUGUCGAAGUUUGUUGAUGCCGGCUACAUCAAGGAGAGCAGCCACAAAGAUUUCAUCAAGAAGCACGUGAUGGCCAACAAGCCCAUCGAUGACAACGGCAUGGUUACGGCGGAAGACUACCGAGAGCAGCUAGAUGCAAAAGUUGCAGACCUUUUGCGAGACGGAGCACCACGGUCGGGAGCGGCGGGCGGAGAAGCAGGGGUUGGUGGGUCGCAGGUGGUGGAAACUCCUAGGACCGCACAGAAAAAGGGCAAGCGCACGGCCAAGGAAGCGAGGGCGGCGGCUAACAGGAUGCACGCGAACAUCGUCAACAGCUGGGCCGCAGCAACAAGCAAGCCGGUGGGUUGGAUGGAGAUUCCGUUUGCAUCCUUUGGCCAUAUCAAGCGUACCCGCAAUGGCAUCGUGGAGGAAGUCACCCGAGUCCACUAUCCUAUCGCACCACCUCCUCCCAAGUUGAAGUGCCUGUACUGCCCGAAGACCUUUGCCUUCGAACAAAGUCGAUCGCUACACUGUAGUGCCGUGCACCCAGCUCCUCUUCGGCAUCUUGGACGAGGGCUCAGGCGCGCCCUCGCGACGGGUGGGACCAUGAAGACUCCACCGUGGCACGGGUAUUCGGGCAGGUGUUUUAAUGUCGCCUUUCACCACUCAGAGGGAGGCGGGCACACCACUGCGGCGGGCCGGAAAAUGUGCCACGUGCGAGGGAGCUGUUCGUUUGAGCUGCAGCCAAGGACCCAAGGCGAUGGUACAUCAGGCUUGCCAGAUGACGGCCUUUUGUCGGACGAAGAACGCACCAAGCGGAAGAAAACAGGAGGGGCUGAGAAGAGGACGCAGUACAGCAACAGGAAGAAGGCUGCGGUGGUCGCGGAGCUGCGAGAGCUGGAGGCCGACCACGCCGAAAGAUUGGGCAUGUUCACGGCGUGUAGUGCCAGCAGUUCCUGGCAAGGAAGACCGACAUUCCCCAACCCAACAUCUGCAAGUGGAACGGUGACGCCGAGAAGCUGAUCGCAGCCGCGGCCAAUGACUUGAAGAAAGACCUUUUCAAGACUGGCAGGGAGAGGAGGUGGUUCGGAGACGCAGAGAAGAAGAAGCUGCACUCGCUGCUGCU